AUGCUUUUUGUGGACACUCAACUUCAACAUUCAACCUUAUCCGAGAGGCAUUUGUACGAUCGAGAGGGGAUGCUUGACAUGAGCGAUCGCAAUGGUGCACUUGUUGGCGGCGGCAAUACAACGCCUGUUCUCUCUCCGCCAUCAUCACCCGAGUGCCUGAAAGAUUAUGAAGAUGAAGACGAUUCAUUCAUUUUGUAUUAUCAACAACGAGACGACUAUGAAGAAGAUGAAGUUGCCAUGGCAGCGGAGUGUUCAUUCACCAGGGGCAACCAGGACCGAGACAAGGUACCAUCAUUAUCAUCCCACCACCAGGAGAAACCAUUUGAUUUGGCUGCUUUUGCCAAGGAACUAUACGACAAUAGGCUCUCUGUACUUCAAACCAACAAUGAUCAAGAAACCGGUUUCUUAUUGACCGAGCAAGACGAACUCGAAUAUGAAAAGCUGAGGACAUCACUUUCAAAGAUGCCACGACAACAGCACUAUGCAGAGGAGGAUAAGAUUGAAUUACCAGCUACGCAUCAAUUCAUUCAUCAGCACAAAGAACAACAACAACAAACAAUUCAUAAUGAGGACCAGCGCCAUUAUGUUGUUGAUCUGCAAUUAAAUGAGGAGGAAGAUGACGAGGAGGAGGAACAACCACAACAAUCUGAUCUCCGGCAGCAGCAUGAUAGAAAGGAGAGCACUGCAAGCAUGAACACGAGCAAUUGCAGCUGUGCUAGUCGACUAUCUCGAUUCAAGGAAUUAUUGGAUGUUGAUUUGGGAGUUGUGGAUAUUCUGGAACAAGAAGAAAAUCAAGAACAGCAACCACAGCAACAACAAAGAGUCAAGGCUACCAAAUCGUUGGGGUUGUUUGGAAGUUUACGUCAGGUGACCAAUCGCACACGUUCUCAAUCAGCAUCAGGAGGUAUUCGUGGACUAGUACGCAGCCUUAGUACCACUGUACAUCGAAGCAGCACAUCCCCAUCCUUGUCUCAGCUAUCACAAAAGAUGACACCUGCAGCUGUAGCAGCCAUUCAUCAUCAUACAGGACAAGAUGGUGAUGAUGAUGAUGAUGAUUUCAAGGAGAGUGGAAAAGGGAUGCGGAUGCUUUCUCAAUUGGUGGGUCGAGUCCGACGUUCUUCGCGUAGGGGAACAAAACGUAUCAACAUGGAUACACCAUCAUCACCUACAACAAUCAAAAGUAACGAGCGAUCCAGAAUUGUCAGGCGCACCAUCAUUUACGUCCCUCCGGAUACCGAAAACUUUAUGAAGACGAUUGAACAACCUGCUUUUGGUCACACUAUAUCAUCCACAACCACUCAUCACAAGUCAUCUUUAUCAUCCUCCUCGCCAUCAUCAUCAAUCGACACAUCCAUUCCAUCACAAGACAAUCAAUUGAAUGGGAUUGAACUCCGAGAAAUGAGUGAUGGUUCCGUGUCAUGGGGCAUUGUCAAGAAAGAAGGCAAUCGAAAGAGCUUUUAUGAUCCAUCCAAUCGAGAAAGCAAAUACGCUGUUGAGGAACAAGAUGAUGAUGGGGACGAUAUCAAUUCGCAUUUGCUAGAACUUUUACGCCAACAACACCCUGCUAAUAAUACCAACCUUGUAUCAAGUACACCUCCUCCUCCCAUUCCAAAAAGAUCUCCACAACGUCAACAACAACAACAACAAGCUGCACAACACAUUUCCACCAUUUCUCACAGAAACGAUUCAUCCACAACCGAUGUUUACUACGCUCCCAAUGAGACUCUUCCAAGUUUAUUACAAAUGAUCUCUGAACAAGAAAGGCUCAAGCAUAGCCCUAGUGUAGAAGAGCAACUCGAUGAAGUAAUCCGUGCUUUUAGCUGUAGUAGUGAUGAAUAA